AUUUUGUCCGUUAGCAUAGAGCAAUCCGAAAUCGAACGUGGGCGCGCCGGUGGAUUUCCUCCGAAAAGGUGGGAAGAACACCACCUGGGGCGAAUGUCCCCUUUUCCAUUGAUGACACAGUUUUUCACGUCCGCUAACGACGAAAGCCACCCGACGCACGACCAGUCUGCCACCUCCGCUUAGAGCCGCCAUCCUCUGCAGACUUUGCCUUUCUACUACCUUCUUUCGAACCGGACCGCCGCAUGUGUCGCCGCCGCUGCGUGUCCGAGAGCCCCACUCUCCAGCCCCAACCGAGCGUCAAACGACAAGUCUAACCUACAAAACAGCAGGAUGCCACUUCACAAGCUGCUCACGCGGCUCAAUUUUGCCGUUCGUGGGCUUGAACGAGCCGUGGAAGUCGUUUUUGGAAGAUAUCCUCCCGCAGGUAACGGAAUUUAGCGAUUACAUAAUCGAGUUUAGCACGACUCGAACACAUAACCUCACUCUUGUGUUUUCGAAAACCGAACCUCAAAAACGCACAAAAACGUUGAAGCAAAACACUGCCGAUAAAAUCAUAAUUGAAAGUGUAGUUUUUCAUAAUUAGACAUUGAUGGAUUGAACGAUAAAUAAUAGUAAAGUAAAAGUAUUCUGCUAUCAUUUUAUGGCUCUUUGAGAAGACUGGAACCUACUCAAAAUUUCAGUCACAAAUCCAGCUUCAUUGGAUGUCUAGAUUCUAGAAAAUACCCUGUAAGCUUCGUAUUUCGAGAAUCCUUUAUAUCAAUUUGCUAGAUGGUUAUUUUUUCACUUCAUUUGUAGAUAAAUAAAUUUUGAGGUUAUAUCUAUAUCAAAGGUUUUUAGUCAGUUCCAAGAGAAAAAUGCAAAACAUGCUGCUUCAUAGAAUGGUCACACGUGUGAGUUCGGUCGUUUACAGGGUUAUAGAUGCUGUGGAGCUUUCUUUGGGAAGGUGCAAUCCACCAGAAGCUUUUGCCCUGGUGGGAGUACAACCACAAACAAAAUCAAGUCCAAGCUUUGGAUUGAACACCAUAAAGGAUAUUAUAGGAGAUGGGUUCCUAUUUGCAGUACCAAAACACAGAAGGACAUUAGAAAGAAGACAUAAGAGAAAAUAUGGCCACCCUGACUAUGUUUUAAAGAUCCUUCUACCCAGGAAAGACCUUAAAGUCUGCAACGUUUGUGGAGAUGACUAUGAGGCUGGAGUUCUGUGUCCUACUUGUUACAAAAAAGUGAUAGACGAGACCAAAGAAAUGCAAGAUGCCAUCCAAAAUGAAUUGAAGUUAGACCCAGUAGAGAAAGAAGUAGUUGUUUUGUAUAAUGGAGAGAAAAAUGAUAAACCUCAAGAGUUUUUCGAUGGCAAAAGAAUUGUUGAAGUGAACAAACCUAGACCUGCUUGGUUCAGCAAGAAUUUGCUGCAGCAGACCACUCAGAAGGAAGCUGAAACUGCAAAUGUUAAGCCAACUGAUCUUGGUUGAAAUGAUACCCUUUAUUUAGAUUUAAGAUUAUAAUUGAAUAAACAUAUGAAAAAAAAAAUGUUUGUCUUGAUG